AAUGGGCGCGCGGCGCGAGCGCCCCCGCGUGGGCUCCGCGGCCUCUGAUUGGUCGGGAGGGGCCUGGGGGGCGGGGCCGGGCGCGCGGGGGCAGCGGGACCCCCCGGGUCGGGCCGGGCCGGGCGAGGAUGCUGCGGGGGGGGUGGCUGUGGCUGGCGGCGCUGUGGGUGGCGGGGGGCUCCCCCCACCCUGAGCAGGGGCUGCGUCGGGAUUUGGGGGGGGUCACCCACGACCACGCCAACGGCUUCGCCUACGACCACGAGGCCUUUCUGGGGCCGGAGGAAGCCCAGGCCUUCGACCAGCUCUCGCCGGAGGAGAGCCAGCGCCGCCUCGGGCUGCUGGUGGGGCGGAUGGACGGCGACGGGGACGGCGCGGUGUCGGCGGCGGAGCUGCGGGGCUGGGUGCAGCGCACGCAGCGGCGGGCGAGGGCCGAGAGCCUGCGCCGGGGCUGGCAGCGCUACGACGGCGACGGCGACGGCGUCGUCACCUGGGCCGAGUACCGGCAGGCGGCCUUCGGACCCCCCGAGGGCGAGCCCGGGGGGGCGCCACUCCCCGACCCCCACCGGCGGCUGCUGGCGCGGGACGAGCGGCGGUUCCGGGCGGCCGAUGGCGACGGCGACGGCGGCGCCGACCGCGAGGAGUUCGACGCCUUCCUCCACCCCGAGGACUUCGAGCACAUGCGGCCCGUCGUGCUCAUGGAGACGAUGGAGGACAUGGACAAGGACGGGGACGGCUUCAUCCAGGAGGACGAGUACAUCGCGGACCUGUACGGGGGGGCCCCGGGCGCCCCGGAGCCCGAGUGGGUGCUGGCGGAGCGGGCGCAGUCGGGGGUCCGGGACCGCGACGGCGACGGGCGCCUGGACCCCGCCGAGGUGGGGCACUGGCUGCGCCCCCCCAGCCCCGACUGGGCGGGGGUCGAGGCCACCCACCUGCUGCACCACUCGGACCGCGACCAGGACGGGCAGCUGACCCACGCCGAGAUCCUGGGCAACUGGCGCAUGUUCGUGGGCAGUCGCGCCACCAACUACGGGCAGGACCUGGAGCGCCCCCACGACGAGCUGUGACCCCCCCGCGGGGACCCCAGACCCACAGCGGGACCCCCCCACCCCCGGGGGGACCCCAGACCCACAGCGGG